UUGGAUGGAAACAUAAACAAGUCCUGCCGCCCCGCCGGGAACUUCUUACUUUAUGCCGGUAGAUUUAACACAGUUGAACUGAACUGUAGUCUGCCAGCUCUUCAGCAGUUCACAAACGAUAUGUUAUUAUUGCAACAUGUCAUUCUUUGGUCGUUUGCUCUUCAAAACGCCUUGCGUGUUUUAGAUUUUGUGCAGGUUCCAGAUCACAUUAAUGAAAGUGCCUUCAUCGUCAUUGCUGUUUUAUCUGCACAAAACAAUUUUAAGGCCCGAGCUAGUAUCAGAGAUACAUGGAAAUCUUUGACAAAUAGACCAGAUGUUAGAUUCUAUUUCCUUAUAGGAAGGAACAUAUGUCUGACACAUCCCACUGAUCGGAAGUCACCAUUAGCUUGUGAAGCAUUGGAGUUACAAAGUGAUGAAAAUGCUGCAUGGACACCUGUGAGAUUAGACAUUAAUGAUACAAUACCUGGUGGAAGUGGUGUCUCAUCAUUCACUUUUCGUGUAAAUUUUCCCGUUAUCAUUCGAGGAGUCCGAUUAUGGAAGCAAGCAGUUCAGGGUUCAACAGUAGCAAUUGUCAACGUAAAAAAUGCUAAAACAGGGCAUUUGGUCACAUCUUUCUCAUUUGAAGUUUCAACUUCUCUCCACAAUGAAAGCAGUUGGCUAGAAAUUGAAACCCGUCCUUUUUUGUUCCCAAAGUCUUUUGAUGUUGAGGUACAGCUUCAUGUACAACAUACAGAAGACUACAGGGAAGUUUCUAUUCCUUGCUCUGGAUUGUCAAAUUGGGUUGAUUUAAGUGGAGCUGUUGAAUUUACAUCUCAAUUCAAACCUGAUGUUGGCUGGGUAAAUUUUGACAAUAAAUCUUGUACUCCUAUAUCUCUUUUCCUGGAACUUAAUGUGGCAAAGUCAUGUUGAAACCCUCUCUCAGGAUUUAGAGCGUGAAGCAGCAACUGAGAAGGAUGUGUUAUUUUUAGAUGUUGUUGAUGUGUACAAAAACAUUCCAAAAAAGCUUCUUCAAUUUUAUAAAUGGGUCACUAAGGCUGUUAGAUUCACCUAUUUGCUAAAAACAGAUGAUGAUACUUUUAUUGAUAUCCCUGUUGUGAUGAAAUUCCUCGAAUCAAUUCCAAGUACUGACAUAUCUCAGAUGUGGUGGUGGGGUAAACUCCGCCAUGGGCUAC